GUCUACCAAAAGCUUGCAGUGAGAAAACCAACUUUUACUUCCGCUUAACCAUGAGCUUCGCUGGAAAUUUGCAAGAGGUUCUGAAGAAAUUGUUGAUUUCUGAUGAAGAUCGCGCUGUUUAUACAAAAGAUGCUGUGGAAAUACAGAACUUUGUGAUUGAGGAACUCAAAAAAGUAGAUAACACUUUCCGUGAAGUUUUUAACGGGCUCAGCCUGGGCGGAAGCUACUUGGAUCGCGUCAAGCUUAACACUCCCGAUGAAUUCGAUAUGCACAUGAAACUAAAGUUCCCACUGAAUAUCACCCCGGAACGUGACCAGUCAGCGUUUAUCUUUCUGAACGCUCCGUUUAUAGUGGCCUCCUGCGGCCGCAUUCAUCGCCUGAAGCUCCAAAGUUGGCUACGCGACGCCUUCCACAAGGUCUUUAACCCGGUCUGCAGCUUUACCAGCUCUAGCCGGCAGACUUACAAGUUGAGCUAUACCCUGGAGGGUUACGGUUGUGCUCAUACCAUUGAAGCCGUAGGUUCCAGCCGCUCCAUCAAGUUCGAUCUGGUGCCGGCUUUCGAAUUUACCGGAGCCCAAUGGCCAUUGCCCGUUCCGCCGGUCACUGAGAAGGUGCGUCAGGAUUGGCCCUGGUUCGCCAUUCCGCAGACCAUGCCGAAGCGGGCCAAGAGAACGACCACAUUCAUGGCCAUUGCUCCCCACUGGGAGCGGGAGAUGAUGAAGAAGUCGGACAAUAUGAAGAAUAUUCUGCGCCUGAUGAAGGGGCUGAGGGAUGCUCAUGCCCAGAAGCUGCCCCAUCUCUCCAGCUACAUGCUGAAGACGGUGCUGCUCCAUCAGCUCGAGAAAGUGGACUGGCAGCGGGACUUGGGCACUCUCCUGGUGGAGAUGUGGAGUCGCUUGGUGGAGCACCUUCAGAAUGGCCGGCUGCCAUACUAUUUGGAAAGUGAACACAACGUCCUAACUCGCAUGAAUGCCGAACAGUUGAAGAAAUGUCGUGCUGCAUCUUUGGAGCUUCUUAAUAGACUUAAAUUGGCCAAAGCCAGUGGUAGUCAUCUUGAGUGCAGCCUUUUAUUUAAUGUAAAAUAACAAAUUUAAUUGAUUUGAUUUGAUUUGCAAUGCAACAACAUUUAAUGUGCAUUCCCUAUUCUGAAGAAUUGUAUCCCUUUGUUUAUUCCAUUCAAUCAGAGUUGGAUUCUCUGGCUGUACAGAGAAGAAAUAAAGCUUAUGCCUGCAAAAAA